GAGGUACCAGCCCCCAAAGCUCCAGAUGCGGCAGGUCGUCCAUUUGUUCCAGUUCACGAUACCCUCUUAAACAAUAUGCAGGAAUGGGAACUUGGCAUCAGUCUUGAGGGCGCAAUAUUGUCUGGUUCCAGAUUGCCAUAGCUACUCGUCAGGGAUUCGAGACAUCGGAGGACCCUGACGGUGACACAAUCUGAUCUCGAAGAAACACAAGUCUCACCGAGCGAUCCAAUCAUGUUCCGCUAGAAGCUAGAGCUAGGCAAUGGGACUUUGAAAAGCUCGCAAUGGCGCAGAAGGGCACGAGGGUAUGCACCCUGUCGGUUUCUCGCUCCUUACCAGUGAGCAAGCCCAUCAAGCGUCGGAUCACGACAACCUUACCACGAUCCUGAACAUCAAAACAUUUGUUGUCUACAAGAUCAGAAGCUUGAGAAAUCACCAUGGCUCACUCGGUCGAAGAAACGGAUCUAGACAAGGAGAAGCAGUUGGACGGGGUCCAAGUUAGCAGGAACAACGAGUUCACCCCGGAAUUCGAGUAUUCUCAAGCCGAGGAACGAGCAUUAUUGCGUAAACAAGACUUGACCAUUCUCCCCCUUUGCGCCGCCAUCUACUUCCUCUGCUAUCUCGACCGUUCCAAUAUCGGCAACGCCCGCAUUCUCAACUCGUCGACACACAAUGAUAUGCAGACCGAGACCCAUUCCACCCAAUACCAGUUCAACAUCGCCUUGAUGGUCUUCCUGGUGGCAUACGCCACUUUCGAGGUCCCAUCCAACAUUCUGCUCAAGAAGCUGCGACCUUCGCGAUGGAUCGCAUUCCUUAUGUUCUCAUGGGGUGCCAUAACUAUGGGCCUCGGUGGUGUUCAAAGCUUUCACGCUCUGGCCGCCGUGAGGUUCAUCCUUGGUGCUUCUGAAGCCGGUCUUUUCCCGGGGUUGGUCUACUACCUUACCUUCUGGUACAAGUCCGACGAGCGGAGUGUCAGGGUCGCCUCCAUCCUCGCCAGCGCCACGCUCGCCGGUGCCUUCGGAGGCGCAAUUGCAUACGGCAUCGGCCACAUGAAUGGCGCAAGCGGACUAUCUGCCUGGCGCUGGCUCUUCAUCAUCGAAGGCGCACCCUCUUGCCUCUCGUCACUCUUUGUCCUCUUUUUCCUACCGGACUACCCAGAGGAACACCUCAAAGGAAGAGAACGCGAAAUUGCGCUAGCUCGUCUCAAGGUAGAAGGGAGCAAGAGACAUCAUCGCAGUAUGACGUGGCAGGACGCCAAAACUACGCUUUCCGACUGGCGACUCUACGGUCACUACCUCAUCUAUUUUGGAGUCUCGGUUCCCUUCAGCUCGCUGUCGUUGUUCACCCCAUCCAUCACUGCCGGACUGGGAUACAAAGAUCUCCGGGCUCAGUUGAUGAGCGUUCCACCUUAUGCGGUAGCUUAUGUGACACAGAUUGUUGUUUCGUGGUCGGCGGACCGCUUCAACGCCCGCGGUAUUCACUGCGCCGUAUUUGCGCUCAUUGGUGCCGUAGGCUUUAUAGCGUUGGUCACGCUACCAGUAGAUGCCUACCAACACAGAUACGGUUGCCUCAUCCUUGCAUCGGCGGGUUCGUUUGCCUGUGUUCCCCCAAUGCUGGGAUGGCUCUCAUCCAAUGUCUACAGUACGGCUUCCGUAGGCCUUGCUAUUGCAAUAAAUGUGAGUGUCGGGGGUGGCAUCGGCCAAAUCCCCGGUGUUUGGAUUUACAAGAAAGAGGAGGCAGCUCGAGGAUAUCCCACUGGUCACUGGACCAACGCGGGGAUGCUUCUCAUGGUUGCGGCUGGAGCGGCUGGGCUCCGUGUCUGGUAUGGGUACAAGAACCGAAGGCUGCUUCGCGAAAGUAAUGGACAGGAGGUCCGGUUAUUCAGACUUUGAGAGGGAAGCUUUUUUUUUACGUAUUCACCCGCAGCUGAUGGACAAGGUAAGC